CACUCCUGCCUGGGCAACAGAGCAAGACCCCAUCUCAAAGGAAGAAAAAAAAGAAAGGAAGGAAAAGCAAAGUAAGAGAUAUAGGCAGUGCCCUCAUGUGUAUUUUUCCAGUUUAAAAUUUCAUAAAAUCAUAACCCUCUGACUUUAUGUAGAAAGGAUAUCACACUGGGAUGAACUUGUAGUUUUUCCUUAAUGUAAUUUAACCGAUGGGAGCACAAUUCUGGUACAUAAGCUGUCUAGAAUUUGAAAGAAAUCAAAGAAUCCGUUCUUUUUUUGCUGAGAAAUUUUUAAGAAAUUACGUGGCUAUGUGUUAUUAUUUUUACAAGAUGACUGAUCACUAUUGUCUUCUUUUACUUCUUAUUUUCUCUCAGAGUACCCCACCCAGACUACAGGCUCUGGAGGGUGGGGACCAUGUCUGGGUUGUUUACUGAUGCAUUUCAUAAUUUGGCACAUAGAGAGCAAUAAUACUCCUUUGAAUGAAGAAAUGAAUAAUUAUAAUUGCGUGAUAUGUGAUUGCGUCAUUUCUUCCCAAUAUCCAAACUUCUAAUAGAAUACAGCUCAAUUGCAGCAAUUUGUUUCUAAGUAAAGACAACGCAUGGUGGCGCUGCAGGCUAAGGCUUCAAAAAAAGGAAACGCUAAAAAAGCCCACGAAAUACUACGAGCUACUUCAGACCUGUUUCAGCCUAAGAGCAGAGCACGGACCAGUGUCUCCAGAGAAUGCUAUUGCCCUGCGUGUCCGGAAGGUUAUCAACGGACAGAUCGAUCACUGCCUCUGUCCCAUCGCUUCCUGAAGUAGCUCUGACCCCGGUUCCUUGAAAGGGGCGUGUUCAGAAGUAAAGAUGGAGCCUGCAGGGGAGCGCUUUCCUGAACAAAGGCAAGUCCUGAUUCUCCUUCUUUUACUGGAAUUGGCUCUGGCAGGCUGGGAACCCCGUCGCUAUUCUGUGAUGGAGGAAACAGAGAGAGGUACUUUUGUGGCCAACCUGGCCAAUGACCUAGGGCUGGGAGUCGGGGAGUUAGCAGCGCGAGGAGCCCGGCUAGUUUCUGAGGAUAACGAACAAGGCUUGCAGCUUGAUUUGCCGACCGGGCAGUUGAUAUUAAAUGAGAAGCUGGACCGGGAGGAGCUGUGUGGCCCCGCCGAGCCCUGUAUAAUGCAUUUCCAAGUGUUACUGAAAAAGCCUUUAGAAGUAUUUCGAGCUGAACUACUAGUGAGAGACAUAAACGAUCAUUCUCCUGAGUUUCCUGAAAGAGAAAUGACCCUGAAAAUUCCAGAAAUUAGCUCCCCUGGGACUGUGUUUCCUCUGAAAAAAGCUUGGGACUUGGACGUGGGCAGCAACAACGUUCAAAACUACAGUAUUUCUCCCAACUCUCAUUUCCAUGUUUCCACUCGCAUCCGAGGGGAUGGCAGGAAAUACCCAGAGCUGGUACUGGACACAGAACUGGAUCGCGAGGAGCAGGCCGAGCUCAGAUUAACCCUGACAGCGCUGGACGGUGGCUCUCCACCCCGAUCUGGCACCGCCCAGAUCCUCAUCUUGGUCUUGGACGCCAAUGACAAUGCCCCGGUGUUUGCGCAGGCGCUCUACGAGGUGCAAGUCCCAGAGGACAGCCCCAUAGGCUCCCUAGUUGUCAAGGUCUCUGCUAGGGAUUUAGACACUGGGACAAACGGAGAGAUAUCAUACUCCCUUUUUUACAGCUCUCAGGCGAUAAGCAAACCUUUUGAGCUAAGCAGCAUCUCAGGAGAAAUUCGGCUAAUUAAAAAACUAGAUUUUGAGACAACGUCCUCAUAUGACCUAGAUAUUGAGGCAUCUGAUGGCGGGGGACUUUCUGGAAAAUGCUCUGUCUCUGUUAAGGUGCUGGAUGUUAACGAUAACUCCCCAGAACUAAGUAUUUCAUCACUUACCAGUCCUAUUCCCGAGAAUUCUCCAGAGACAGAAGUGGCCCUGUUUAGGAUUCGAGACCGAGACUCUGGGGAAAAUGGAAAAAUGACUUGCUCAAUUCAGGAUGAUGUUCCUUUUGAGCUGAAACCUUCUGUUGAGAAUUUCUACAGACUGGUAACAGCAGGAGCGCUGGACAGAGAGACCAGAGCCGAGUACAACAUCACCAUCACCGUCACUGACUUGGGGACUCCAAGGCUGAAAACCGAGCACAGCAUAACCUUGCGGGUCUCCGACGUCAACGACAACGCCCCCGCCUUCACACAGACCUCCUACACCCUCUUCGUCCGCGAGAAC